AUGAAGAAGCACAUUUUUAUAUUGACUCUUCUCUUUCUAGUUCAAUUUUCUAUAUCAAUUGCCUCCUCAAAUGAGACGGACCAAGAAGCUCUACUAGCUUUCCAAAAUCUUAUUACAAGUCCGAGUCAUUUUUUGGCCAAUAAUUGGACCAAAAAUACUUCUUUUUGCUCUUGGUUUGGUGUCACUUGCACUCCAAAAAGGCAAAGGGUUGUGGCCUUGACUCUUCCUGAUUUACAACUUCAAGGCACAAUUUCCCCGUCUUUGGCCAAUUUGUCCUUUCUCAGCGUGCUCAAUCUCCGGAACAACAACUUCCAUGGCGGCAUCCCUUACGGACUUGGCCACUUGCCUCGCUUGCGAGUGAUUGAUUUUCAAAACAAUCAGCUCCAAGAAAGUAUUCCAACAAGUCUAUUUCAACACCAGAGAGUUCAAAUCAUUUCAUUGGCUUUCAAUAAACUCGGUGGUGAAAUGUGGAAAGGGCCAUGGUAUGUACCUGAACUCACAGUUUUAAAUCUCAGGAACAAUAGCCUCACAGGUAUAAUACCUCCUUCUAUUGGAAAUGCCACAAAGUUGCUGAACUUCAGUUUGUAUGGGAAUAGAGUCGGCGGGAACAUUCCAAAGGAAAUCGGUAAUCUCAGCCAACUUGAAUUUUUCUCCUUGUUCGAUAAUCAAUUAACAGGUUCUAUUCCUGCAGCACUAUUUAAUAUCUCCUCACUUCUUGUCACAUCUCUAGCAUUCAAUAGCCUUUCCGGCCCUUUCUUGCUUGAUGAAGGGAACGUUGUGUCAAAUCUAGAGUCAUUAACUAUAUCUAACAACCAAAUUUCUGGUUACAUUCCUUCCAACAUUUGCCAACUCACAAAGCUCAAAGCGUUGUCCAUAUCUUUCAACAAGAUAACUGGAGGAAUACCCAAAAAUAUUGGUUGUUUAUCCAAUCUUGAGGAGCUUUAUAUUGGUGACAAUCCAAUAAAAGGGACUAUUCCCGCAUCAUUGGGAAAUAUUUCCACUCUGCAAAAUCUUUAUUGUGGAAGCAAUCACUUGGAGGGGCCAAUUCCUCCAGAAUUGGGGAAGCUAUCAAAUUUGAGGCAAAUUAGCUUUGUCCAAAAUAAUAAUCUCAUAGGUCAGAUUCCAAAGGCUAUAUUUAAUAUAUCUUCUUUGGAAAUAAUCGAUUUCAGUUACAAUAACCUCUCGGGGAGACUUCCAACCACUACAGGUCUUCAUCUUCCAAACCUUAACGAACUUUUCUUGGGAGUCAAUAAGAUCAAAGGGGAAAUUCCAUUGUUCAUAUCAAACGCUUCCAAGCUUGAGAUACUGGGGCUAAACAGGAACUUUCUCACAGGCAAUAUUCCUACUAAUUUAGGAAAUCUUCGUGACCUGCGACGCUUAUAUUUAGAUGGUAAUCAACUUACCAAUGAACCAAAUAAUCAUGAGUUGCAAUUCUUUAAUUCUUUAGUGGACUGUAGGAAGCUGCAAUAUCUAACAGUGGGUAACAAUCCAUUAAAUGGUAUUUUGCCCGAUACUAUUGGAAAUCUUUCAUCUACUAUUGAAUCAAUUCACAUGGGAAAUGCACAAAUUAGUGGCCUCAUUCCCACAGGUAUAGGAAACAUAAGCGGUCUAAUGUCGCUAGCUUUUGUGGAAAACAACUUGAUGGGAACCAUUCCGUCUGAAGUCGGUAAGCUUGAACAUCUCCAAGGUCUGUAUCUAUAUAGCAACAAAUUGCAAGGGAAUAUUCCAGAGGUAGUUUGUCAUUUAUCUUAUUUGGUUACAUUAUCUUUGCAUGUUAAUGAGCUCUCUGGGGUGAUCCCAAAAUGUUUAGAAAAUCUUACCACUCUACGAGUUCUUUCAUUGAGUUCUAACAAAUUUUCAUCAAAGCUUCCUUUGAGUCUUUGGAAGAUGAGUGGCCUUCUCUAUCUUUUCAUGUCACAAAAUUCUAUAGAGGGAGAAGUUCCACAGGACAUUGGAGGAUUGAAGGCCAUUGUAAAACUAGAUCUUUCUGGUAACCACUUUUCCGGCAUGAUACCAAGCCAAUUGGGGGACCUCCAAAACAUGAAAGUUCUUGACCUGUCAAACAAUUCAUUUUCAGGCUCAAUUCCCUUAUCCUUUGCCAAUUUGAUAAGUCUAGAAUACUUGAAUUUGUCUUUCAACGCAUUGUCAGGUACUAUUCCUAAGUCUUUGGAAAAGCUUUCAUACCUUAAAAGCAUCAAUGUCUCAUUUAAUGAUUUAGAUGGUGAGAUACCUAGUGGUGGUGUGUUUUCAAAUUCCACUUUGCAAUCAUUUCUUGGGAACAAAGGUCUAUGUGGAGUACACAUAUUGGAGAUUCCUGCUUGUGCUAUCACUAAUCCUAGAAAACAAUCAAAGUCUAAGGAGCUUGUGCUGAAAAUUGUUAUUCCAGUGGUUACUUCAUCCUUUCUGAUAUUAUUGGUUGUGUCAGCUUGGAUAAUAAUGAAACAAAAGAUGAAAGGAAAGUCCAAAGACGUGGAAAAGGUACCAGAGAUCAGGACUUAUCAAUUGGUUUCUUAUCAUGAAAUUCAACGAGCAACAAAUAAUUUUGAUGGAUCCAAUUUGAUCGGUACGGGAGGUUCUGGCUCUGUGUACAAAGGUACAUUAUCUAGUGGAACUGUGGUGGCAAUAAAGGUUCUCGAUUUGCAAAAUGAGGAAGUAUGCAAGAGGUUUGAUACUGAAUGUGAAGUGAUGAGAAAUGUUAGGCACAGAAACCUUAUUUCAGUGAUUACUACUUGUUCUAGUGAAUACAUAAGAGCCUUUGUUCUACAGUAUAUGCCCAAUGGAAGUCUUGAUAAUUGGUUGUACAAAGAAGAUUGCCACUUGAACCUUCUUCAAAGAGUCAACAUAAUGCUUGAUGUGGCUGUGGCAAUUGAAUAUCUACACCACGGUCAUGAUACUCCAAUAGUUCAUUGCGACCUAAAGCCAGCCAACAUUCUUUUGGAUGAAGAAAUGGUGGCACAUGUUGGUGAUUUUGGCAUCUCUAAAAUAUUAGCUGUAAGCAAGUCCAUGGUACAUACUGAGACAUUAGGCACUUUUGGUUACAUUGCACCAGAAUAUGGCUUGGAAGGAGUAGUGUCCAUUAGUGGUGAUGUUUACAGCUAUGGCAUCAUGAUGAUGGAGGUAUUGACAAAAAGAAGACCAACUGAAGACGAGAUAUUCAACGAAAAUCUUGGCUUGAGGCAGUGGAUAAGACGAGCAUUUCCCGGGACAAUUAUGGAAGUCGUAGAUGCCAAUCUUUUUCAUGAGAAAGAAUCUGUCAAUUUCAAAAGUGAAAUAUGCAUAGCCUCCAUGAUGGAAUUGGCUUUGGAUUGCACAAAGGAAAUGUCAGAGACAAGGAUAACUAUGAGAGACGUAGUCAAGAGGCUUAACAAAAUCAAAAACACAUUUUUAGGAACAUAG